AUGUCCGACUCUAGAAUCUCGCCGUACUCCCUUAACGACCUCAAGAACACGACCGACGAUGCGUUGGCCAACUACCUUCGAGGACUUUCGUUCAAGCAGGACAAUUCAAAACUUGAUAUACGAUUGCUCCUUGGCUACACUGCAGUCAUCAUAGCAGGUGUUAUAUUCGGGUUGGACUACAAGUACGGAUGGGAAGCCACCAAGACAUUGACCGCAGUUGCGGUUGCGGUCUACGGCGUACUGAAUAGUGCUCUCACACUCUGGAUGUGGUUCGUUGAGAAGGGACUUGUGUUUGAGGGCGAGCGAGACGGCAACAGGGUGAGCAUGUGCAUUGAAGGCAGCAUCGAGUAUGAGCGCAGCUGACGACUCGAAGAUCUCGAUAUAUUCAAAGACAAAGAAACACGACCCUACCUACUACAUCACCGUCACGGCCGUCAAGCCGACCUCAACGCCCAGCGAAUGGCAGAUCCGAGCCCCCUUUACGACCUGGUUCACACGCGACGGGUACUUCGUAGCCAGACCGUUCCAGCAAUGGCUCGCGACAAGCAUUGAGGCCAUUGGGAAUGUGGAUACCAAGAACGCGAAUAGAGAUGAGCGGGACGAGCUUGCUUCUCCGUCAGACCAUCACGUCUUGCAAAGCAACGGCGGCGUGGAGGCAACAGGGUUGGAAAAUACCGGCAAAGCCAGCAAGAGGUCAAAAAAGAAGUGA